AUGGCAGAGAACCAAGAGACGUUCGGCUUUGCCGCCGACAUCAGUCAGCUGCUGGAUCUGAUCAUCAACACGUUCUACAGCAACAAGGAGAUUUUCCUUCGUGAGCUGAUCUCGAACGCGUCGGAUGCGCUCGACAAGGUCCGCUACCAGGCCCUGACCGACCCCAGUGUUCUGGACUCGGGCAAGGAUCUGUUCAUCCGCAUCACCCCCGACAAGGAGAACAAGGUCCUCUCGAUCCGCGACACGGGUGUCGGUAUGACCAAGGCCGACCUGGUGAACAACAUUGGUACCAUUGCCAAGUCGGGCACUAAGGCCUUUAUGGAGGCGCUCAGCUCGGGUGCUGAUAUCUCCAUGAUUGGUCAGUUUGGUGUCGGUUUCUACUCGGCCUACCUCGUUGCCGACAAGGUGGAGCUGAUCACCAAGCACAACGACGACGAGCAGUACGUCUGGGAGAGCGCUGCUGGUGGCACCUUCACCAUCACCCAAGACACCAAGAACGCUCCUCUUGGCCGCGGUACCGAGCUCCGCCUUCACCUGAAGGAGGACCAGCUCGAUUACCUCGAGGAGAAGCGCAUCAAGGAGAUUGUCAAGAAGCACUCGGAGUUUAUCUCGUACCCCAUUGAGCUCGUUGUCACCAAGGAGGUCGAGAAGGAGGUCGAGGAGCCCGAGACCGAGGAGGCGGACGCCGAGAAGAAGUCCAAGAUUGAGGAGAUUGACGACGAGUCGGCGGACAAGAAGGAGAAGAAGAAGGUCAAGGAGCUCGUCACCGAAAACGAGGAGCUGAACAAGACCAAGCCUCUCUGGACGCGCGAGCCCAAGACGAUCAACCCCGAGGAGUACGCCUCGUUCUACAAGACCCUCUCGAACGACUGGGAGGACCACCUUGCUGUGAAGCACUUCUCGGUGGAGGGCCAGCUCGAGUUCAAGGCCAUCCUCUUUAUUCCCAAGCGUGCUCCGUUUGACAUGUUUGAGAACAAGAAGAAGAAGAGCAACAUCAAGCUCUACGUCCGCCGCGUCUUUAUCACUGAGGACUGCGACGAGCUCAUGCCCGAGUACCUCAACUUUGUCAAGGGUAUUGUCGACUCGGAGGACCUGCCCCUGAACAUCUCGCGUGAGACGCUUCAGCAGAACAAGAUCCUCAAGGUCAUCCGCAAGAACUUGGUCAAGAAGACCCUCGACAUGAUCUCGGAGAUUGCCGAGGACAAGGACAACUUUGCCAAGUUCUACGAGGCCUUUGGCAAGAACCUCAAGCUCGGUAUCCACGAGGACGCUACCCACCGCGCCAAGCUCGCCGAGUUCCUCCGCUUCCACUCUACCAAGAGCGGCGAUGAGCAGACCUCGCUCAAGGACUACAUCACUCGCAUGCCCGAGAUCCAGAAGAACAUUUACUACCUCACGGGUGAGAGCCUCGCCGCUGUGCGCGACUCGCCUUUCCUCGAGGUGCUCAAGAAGAAGGGCUUUGAGGUGCUCCUGAUGGUGGACCCCAUUGACGAGUACGCCGUGUCGCAGCUCAAGGAGUUUGAGGGCAAGAAGCUCGUCUCGGUCUCGAAGGAGGGUCUCGAGCUCGAGGAGUCGGACGAGGAGAAGAAGCAGCGCGAGGAGGAGGCCACCAAGUUUGAGGACCUCACCAAGACCAUCAAGGACAUUCUCGGCGAGAAGGUCGAAAAGGUUGCCGUGUCGAACCGCAUUGUUGGAUCGCCCUGCGUUUUGGUCACGGGCCAGUUUGGCUGGUCGGCCAACAUGGAGCGUAUCAUGAAGGCCCAGGCCCUCCGUGACACGUCCAUGUCGCAGUACAUGGCCUCGAAGAAGACCAUGGAGAUCAACCCGCACAACCCCAUCAUUAAGGAGCUUGCUGCCAAGGUUGCCCAGGACAAGAACGACCCCACCGUUCGCGACCUCACCUUCCUGCUCUACGACAGCAGCCUGCUCACCUCGGGCUUUACGCUGGAGCAGCCUCAAGAGUUUGCCAACCGCCUGUUCAAGCUCAUCUCGCUCGGUCUCUCGAUCGACGACAUGGGUACCCCCGAGCAGACGGAGGAGGCCCCCAAGGCGGAGGAGCCUGCGGGUGAGUCGGCCAUGGAGUCGAUCGACUAA